AUGAGGAAACCUAUAAUAUUUACUGAGAUAAAUCAAGUCAAAAAUACCUGUGGUAAGAAAUGGUUUGACACAAAUAGAACUCUUCUGAAAUCGAAACCUAAUACGUCUUUCGAUUUCCCUGUUCUUUAUUUUGACAAUUUUUCUCGUUUUGGUCAUUUUUACCCAUUUCUUUUAUUUUCCAGCUUUAUAAUUUUUUUUCAGUUUCUUUCCUUCCUUCCUUUCUUCGUUCUCAUUCUUUCACUUCUUAUCUUUCAUCAAAUACUUCUUUCCAUCUCUCUUCGUCUUUCUUUCUUUCCCAUUCUACUAUGCCUUUAUCGUUUUACUUUGGAUUCUUCAUUCUUUCUCUUCUCUUCAUUCUUCUCUCUUUUGUCCAUAUUUCAGCUCAUCGCUAAAACAAAUUUUCUUAUUCUUCAUUCUUUUCUAUUUUGUCAUUAUUUAUGCCCUUCGCUAAAAUAUAAAUUGUCUUAUCCUCCUUUGUCACUGCUUUCUUUUUUGUUCCUUAUUUCCUUCAUUCUUUCUUUUCUUCCUAAUUUUCUUCAUUUACGCCAGUAUUGCAUUCUUAUUUUCUUUACUUCAUAUUUUUUUUUUAUUUUUUUAUUAAUUCAUUCUUUUCUGGUCAGCUAUGAGACGAACUUCUCCGGUCCCGACAACUCUCUUAUAUCCGGGUUACACUGUACUUUAUUCCGCUGUACUUCAUUCAUUUAUCCUCAUUUUCUUUGUCUCCGUAAAUAUCUUUCUUUCUUUUGUCUUUUUUUGUCUUUCUUAUUUCCUUUUCUUUCUUUCUUUCUUUCUUUCUUUCCUUCUUUCUUUCUUUCCUUCCUUCUUUCUUUCUUUCUUUCUUUCUUUCUUUCUAUUUUCGUAACUUUCAGCCCCGCUGGACUCCUGAUAAGGUAA